AUGUUUAAUGUUACAUUUGUGAACUAUUACAAAGCUGACAUUGAUGGUUACUCAUUGCCUUUUUCUAUGAUGGCUGAAUCGCUUCUGUCUUUGCACAACAAGGAAGCUGAAUUUUUGGCCUUGGAUAGGAUUGAUGCCGUCAAAGUACACGCAUCAGCACCUCAUCAAGUCAUCUUUACUAUGCAGAUUCGCGAUCUCGAUGUUCCCAUACAACUCCUAGUGCAACGGCGACUAGUCUCAAGCAUCGUGUCUCCUGCCAUAGUCGACGGAUUCAAACUGGAGAGCAUAACGGCUGGCACCGACAUCGACCACAAAGAGGAAAUCUUCCGAGGUUUUGUUGCAUACGCCGACUUGACAUCUUCGCCCACCGUACGGUUACGCUGGAGUCGGGUCCCUGGCAUGUCUACAACGGUGAACGAAACUAAGACAAGCCCAAAUAUCCGAUUCCUUUGGCGUGCUCCAAAACAACGCCACAUAGCCACGCAAAAACUUCGCCCGUAUGAUUCCAUCUAUGGUACACAGUUUGCUGCACUGCAACUAAACACAUUGAACGCGACGAAUUUGGAGCCGGGAAUGUGGAGCGUUGUUGUGCAGCCGGCUUAUCCUGAACCAAACAUGAAAAUCAAAAGUUUGUGGACCUCUGCCUUCAAGUCGUGA